AUGAGAGAAAAACGACGAACCUUAGGCCUGACCUUGGGUACGUGGGAGUCAACCACACUGACGGCGCUAGCGCUAGUCGCCAUCACGUUAUGUCCGCUUGUAUCAGCUGGUGAGAGAUGGUCACGCCAGUUGACGGAAUUCACUGGUGGUCCGGCGACCGGUAACGACUGGAUUCCACUGUCUCGACCCGGUUCCGAGCGUCAGGCUGGGGCUCGCGUGCUGAACUAUUUCACCGCCCCUCAGCAGACAUUCCUCGGUCCGGACAAUGCGGCACAGGCGCAGCAGCACCAUUUCACCUUCCUAAACCAUCAAUUUCCGCAAUCGAACCGCUUCUUGCUGCAGCAACCUCCGCCGCCACAGCAUCAACCGACCCAAGAGCUCCUGGAGCAACCGUUCCAUUUGACCAGCUUCCAGCGCACAUCACCAUUUGUGGGACAAACGAUACAACAUCCGCCACCUCCACCGCCACUCCCUCAGCAACCGAUCUCCUCGACGAACCCCUUCCAGCAGCAGUUCCUCGCGAAGUCGCCCGUCUCGGAGGCACUAAUCCAGGAAGACAAGCAACAGCCUCUACAGCAGCACCAGCAGCAGCAACCAUCGAUUCUCGAUCAACCGUUCUCGUACCAGCACAUACGCCAGCCAGAACUGGAGGCACAGCCGGCCGGUCCACAAUCCGGUCCGAGUGGUGGCGCCGUUUCGCAAGAAGAAGUGCAGCUACUCUACGUGCCUGUAGAGACACUGUACAACCAGAAGCAAUCGCAACCACCGACCGAGAACAAUCGCUUCAAUGCGCUUCCGCAACCGGUUAGCCCAUCGUUGAUAAACGAUUUCUACACUGCCGGUACGACCACCACGACGCCGAAGCCACCGCGAACGAGUGCGGCUACCUUUGCGCCACGCUACACCAGUGCUCCCGAAACGCCCGCUCCAGCACUGUCCCGUUCAUCGACGACCACCUUCGGUGGUGCCUCAUCAAAGCCGAAACCGAACCAACCGCCACUGGCACUGUUCCUCUACAACGAUGGCCGCCAGAGCAAGCUUUCCACCGGUGACGCACUCGGAGGGCUGAAGAACAUCAACGAGAUCGCGGUGCUGGACGCGUUUGGUAAGAACUCGCCGAAAGUCUUCAUCGGACCGUCCGGUUUGGCACCGUCCAAGAGCUACUCCCGAUUCGAUUUGCCGUACCUGUCCAGUGUGGAUCUUUCGUCAAACCGCGCCAACCGUAAGAUCGAAGACCUUCCGUUCUUCGUGGCUCCAUUAAGUUACAAAACUCCCAGUGGAUACUCCAAGAUUGCUCUUCCCCCGCCACAUGUCGGCUCGAUAAUCGUACGUCAAAGCGGCUCCAGCAGUGGAAAUUCCUUGGAGCACAACACCUUCUACACGAGGCCAACGGUGCCCAGCAACGUCCAGUAUUAUACGCCUUCGACCUUAAACUUUGGCGAUGAUGCCAGUCCAACAAAGUCCUCCGUCACGUUGGGUGCCACCGGAAAGACGAUCUACGACGCAGAUCACUACACCUCGCCUACGGGUAAACCAGCCUCAUCUGCGUCCUCGAAUGAUCGCGGAGUUGGACAGUACAGCUCGUUCAACGGCCCGAGCUCAAGUCGCCAUCCUAGCGUAAACGAGGAGUACUUCAACCUCGCCAAAACGAAGAAGCCUACGACGAGCGCUGUUCCUGCUCCGACCACUGCCAACUAUCCGUUCCGCUCAUUCGGCAGUACUCGUCAGUUCGAUUUCAAGCCUAUGCCAGACCAAAAGAUCCCGCCAUCGUUCUAUCCGCAAGAGGAGGAAGAUUCUACAACAACUCUGUUGGCGACAACUACGACGACAGAGCGGCCCACCACGGCUCAGUUGCAGUUUGAGGCGGAACGCAUGAGAACGCAUUUCCGUGAGGAGAACUUCCGAAGUCGCCGCCCGCAUCACCAUCAACCGACCACCCCGGCGCCACUGAUCGAAAGCAAGCCGCAGGAACAGCAGCAGCAGUUUGUGCACAAAUUCAAGCUAGUCGACUCGGUUCGGCCGAACAAUGUCAAAUCCUCAGUAGUCGACCACGGUUUCCUGGAUUUCUUCAACCCUCCCUCCCAGCAGCACACGGAUGAGAUGAUCAAGACUACGAUCACCACAAGCCUGCCGGGUAGCGGCGGUGUCGAUCGGCAAGUCAUCCGCAACAACUACUUCACCGCGUCGGCCGCUAUCAACGAGGACAGUGGAGCGAACAGACACAGCAAGUAUGUCAGCACGUACUACAACCCAUCUUCUACCGCUGCCGGAACUACGGCUGGAACGACGACUCCGUCAACGUUCACAACUCAGGACGCAUUCUUCCGCGAUUUCGACCAUCGCAGCAAGUUUUACGAGCGUGAACCGAAGUAUGAAACCAGCUUUCCGACCACCGUUGGUACCACCGGCACAAGCUACAUCAACAAGUACAAGUACGAGACGGAUUCGUUCAACGAUGCGCCACGCUACUCGGUGGAAGUUAUUACGACCAGCGAACCAACUACGGUUACGGUUGAGCCAACGCAGGGCACCACUGACCAGCAGCACUAUAGCAUUCCCUCGGAGUUGCCACCGAUCAGCGCCAACCUCCCCGGACUCGUGAAUGCCCUCAUGGACGACCAGUGGUCUCCGAAGACUCCGGACUCUGCGUCAACCACUGGAAACACGCGUGGACCUCAUUUCCGCAAACAAUUGCAUCGUACAACGACGGCAACUUCGGCCAGUGACUACGCGGCAGAACCAGCGACCACAACUACCAGAAGACCUCUUCAGCGGCAACGUCGACCACAUCCUUCGCGUACCACUCCGGCACCGACUUUCACCGGCGAAACGGGUGACAACUCGGGUCCUAGCACGCGAGCCCCGAUCUCCCGAUCGCGAUCACGCUACGUACCGAACAAUGAGGAACGCCCGGCCUCACGCGGACGUAGCCGCAGCCGUACGACAACUCCACGCGGACCACGAAAGGAGGAAGAGAACCUGGACUACCAGCGAGAUGUGCUCAAACAAAACUACCCCGUCAUCCGUCAUCCACAGGGACAAAGUGCCCCCGCGCCAACUACGACACCUCCUUCGACAACGAUCGCUACGACGCCUUCGACCACUCUUAGCUAUCAGGAAACGUACGAAGACCCGUCCGAGCGCCUUAUCUCCACGACCCUGGCUAAUGAGGUCUCGCAAGAUGCGGCAGACCCUCAGCAACAGGUGACACGGAAAUACUCUACGUAUUAUAGUGAUCCGACCUACGAGCAGGAAACGACCGCCACGACGGUCCUGCCACCGCAAACGUCGAGCUACUUUGUACCCUCGUACAGUACACGCUCGCAAAGCGUGGGCGAUGAAGAAGAGUACGUUCGACCGCAUGAAGUGAUUCCUCUGAACCGUGAUCCGGAACCGAUCCAUUCGGUAAUUCCGCUGCGCUCGCAAACGCCCGCUACGGAGGUCACUCCUCAAACCGCUCCACCAGCCGUCCAAUAUCAGCCAGUGACGGAGAGCGAGGAAAAACUCACCAUCGCCUACGGCCAACCGAUGGAGGAGGCGAUGGAAAUCAAAAAGGUGGAGAUUACACCACGACCCCGUCGACCGGGGCUUGUCUCUCGCCAGCGAGACUCCCAACUGAACUACGCAUCACGCACCACCACGGAACGAACGACAACUGUCCGCACUACAACCCCCGAACCGGCCACAUCCGGAGCAGGUUCACGCACGGCAUCCGGACGCAGACCGGCCUUCGUGCGACGGCCUUCGCGACUCUACGCCACUACGACCGCCAGUCCUACCACAACCGCAGGAUACAGUAACGAACAGCAACAACAGUCCACGCAAGGAUCAAACAUCGUGCGUACGAAGAAUCGUCAAGAUAUCCUGAGAGGACGUACACGCCGACCGACGACAACGACCGAACCGGCGGCAGCAGCAACAACCGCCUCUCCGGAGGCUCCGGUGACGCGAGCUUUUGGAAGGGGCAGCAAUUUGCGUCGCGUAUCACCAACAUUACGCUCCCGACAGGAGCAAACGGCCGCAGCAACCACACAGCAACCGAGCACGGCAGCAUCAUCGGGCAGCGGGCCACGAUUCCGCAUUCGGGAACGCACCCGCUUCAAUCUGCAGCCGCAGGAAUCGCAGUGGUCCACGAAGCUGAAUCAAAACUCCUUCCAGCCGGUGCUGAAAACCGAAUCGCGUGCCAACGAUCUUGAGGAAAACGUUUCAACCGAACCAGAGCCGGAAAUCGUAACUGCCGCCCGGGACAGCGAGAUGUACUUGGUAAAUGUAUCGUCUAAUUACGGCCAAAAGGAUUCCAGCAACCAGGGAGCGAAUGCCGAGGAUAGCACAGAAAACAGUGUUCCCUCGUUUGCCGACUUGCUGAACGAUGUUAUGAAAGAUUUCAUCGACGAUAAUAACCAGAAGAAACCGGAUCGCGACAGCGACGAGAAGGAUCAGGUCAGCAGCGAGGAACAGCGUCGGCCCGUGGCCAACUUCCGUAACAAUUUCCUCCGUAAGCGUGGCCGCUCGAAGGUGGUCGAUUCGUUUGAAACGGCCGAAUCGCAGCACAUUAAUCAGGCGGCGCAGGUCUACAAUGGACCAUCGCCCUUGGGCGAAUCGCUCAAAAGCAUCGACCAUGUGGGACUUUCGGGCAAGAAUGUACCCCAGCAGGUGAGCACGAAAUAUGCCGACCAGCAGCAGGAGUUUGAUGAGCAGGAAAAUACGGCCCAAGAACAAGCUACCGUAGCACCCGAGGAGGAGGAAGCCAAGGAAACCGAAACGGAAGAAGCUUCGGUAGAGAUCGUCACAGGGCUCGCGGAUGUCGGUACAAGCACGGUGUCUACGCCAACUACAACAACCACAACCAAGCCAACGGAGGACGCGCCCACACUGGCUAGUUUGGAGCAAACCUCCACGAAUCUGUCACAUCAACAAGAUCGCGCCGAAGUGACCACCGAAACACCCGCUACCGGUGAACCCGUCUACGAUGACGAAACGUCGUCCUAUCUGCUGUCGGAUGAUGAAGAAACGAAAAAGAAGGUAUCGGACGGAAUUUUCGCAGAUGUCAAGAAAACGAUUUCCGAUCUGUACGAAAUGGCGGAGCACGAUUCCGAAACGGAGGAGAUGGUUGAUGGUGGCGAGCCGGCAGGCGAUGAUGAGAUCGAGGAGGACGAUUUCCGUCCAACGGAAGAUCCGUUAGCGCUUGGCGGUGCCAACGAUGAGCCGGUUGCGUCCACGACCGACAUUAGUCCGAGCGAAACGCAAUUCAUCCAGGUUACCGCGGAACCGCCGGCGUUCGUCAAUCCGAUGGGUUCACUCGUUAUACCGACGUCUGUUUCGAACGGGAUCACACACGAAACGGAAAUCUGCUACCGGGGCCGUUGUAUAAAAACGGAAGACGACAAACGGAAGCGAAAGUUCAAAUUAAACUAA